AUGGGAUAUAGAGAUGGAGAUGGAGGAUCAAGCCCUGAUGGAGACGGAAGAGGAGGUCGGGAGGGUGCCGGAGGUGGAGGUCGGGAGGGUGCCGGAGGUGGAGGUCGUCAGGGUGUCAGAGGAGGAGGGGGUCAGGAAGGUGCCAAGGAGAAGGUCGUGAUGGUGUUGGAAAAAGAGGGGGUGCUAGAGGAGGAGGUCGUGAGAGUAUCGGAGGAGGACGAGGUACCCGAGGUGCAGGAGGAGGAGGGGGUAUCCGAGGCAGAGAGGGUACCAUAUCAGACGCCAGACUUGCCGAAUGUAGUUUUUGUGUCGGAGGGGACGAAAGAGGUGGUCCCGAUGGUAGGUGAGGGAGUGUCGGAUAUAGGGAGGGUUUCGCGUAUUGUUGAUGUGCCGGAGCUGGUGGUCGGCAAGAGGCCGAGGGCACCAUCACAGUACGUCGUUUCUCCAUUUACCGCGGAGGCGAAAAGGAAGAGGUUCGUCGAGGGCACGCACCCAAAUUUAUUCAGGGAGGUGGACCAUGCCAAGUGGAAAGCGUUCGAGGCGGAGUGGAGAGCACUUAUGCCUGAAGUCAGUCCCAGGAUUGCUCAUAAGACGAUCUCGGAAGCUUAUAAAUGGUUUCACGACAUCACAACUUCUGGAGGCUUGGCUCGCCGAUGA